CCUCGACCUCAGUUGACCUCCGAUGACCCCCCACAGCCACGUCUUUGUACCUGCGGGUCACGAGAGCCGACUCACCUGAUGGCCCUGAAAUCGAGGUCACCUGGACGAUGCCCAAGCAGUACCCUCACCUGACCCUCACCUGGGUGGCACUCACCUACACGUCACAGGUGAGCGAGAGGGAAGUCGGCAACCACCAGCUGGAGGAAGGGAGCGGAAGUUACGUCAUCAAGGAAGGCCUGAGAUACAACCAACAGUACAAGAUCUGUCUCAUAACCUCCUCGCCUGCCUGUGACCACGCCUCCUCCACCUGCUCCUACCUCAAGGUGCCCUCGGCUCCAUCACCUAAGAAUNCUCCAGGCGUGCCUCUCUACCUGACGUUGGGUCCCGUCCACAGUAAAAACCUGACGGCGGUGUGGGCGGAGCUCCCCCGUAGCCACCCCCCUGACUCCGCCCUCGACGGCAAGGUCAGCAAGGGGUUUAAGGUCAUGUGGAGGAGAGUCGAGGGGUUGGUGGGUCAUCCGGGUCACGCCUCGAACCUCGUGACCUCCAGGCAUCUCAUAAGGGGUCUCAUUCCCGGCACAAGAUAUGAAGUCUGUGUUGGCGAAACGCUUACUCCUGACAUCUAUAUGACCUGUGACGUCAUUGUUACGGAAGAGGACGGUAAGUGGAGUCCCGGAUAUCAGGGACACAUAGCUCCCUUGAUAGCUAGAGAACCUUUAAAUACUAAAUGCAAGAGACAGUUUCAGUUCGUGGAUAGAGCUGGAGACAAACAAGCAGCAAUUGAUGUGGCAACAGAAGGCACGAUGACGCAAGUGAGCUUCAUCCCAGCUAAAAAAAGACAAUCUCCAGGAUGA